GCACUUAUCCGCGGUGCUCACAAACGGCUUGGAAGUCCCUGCGCCGCACGGUGGUAGCCUCCUGGGCUGCUGCCGCCGCCGCUUGCUUCGCUUGGGUGGGCGAGGGUCGACGAGCGUGCCGCCGCCGCAUCGCAAGUCGCAACCACGAGGCCGCGGCCACCUCGGACGUUCAGCUUGCGCUCAACGUCAACGAGAUACCCGUGGAAUCUGCGGUCCCGCGCGCGCGGCCCGAUGCGACAGCAGGUCCACACCACCCGUCCCCCACGUCCCCACCAGCGAUUUGCGUGCGGAUCACACGCGUAGCGACAGACUCCCACGCCUCGACUGUGGACAGCGCCACUGCUGGGACAGGCUCGUCAUUUCGCCCGGCGCCACGCCACUUCGUAAAGGACACCCUUGAUAAACCCUACGGCUAAACCAGCCAGCCCACCAACCAGCCCCGUCCGGAGGGACAGACAGCGAGCGAGCGAGCGAGCACGCCCGCGGCCCGCACUGCCAAGUGCCACUGCCCCCAGCAACCCCCGCCACCUUAGCGCCCGACGGCAUGUCUCUCGCCUCCUCCCACCACCUGCGGCCGUCGCCGGCGGGCCCGGCGCGGCGCCCGGGCUGCCCCGCGCCGCGCGUGGCGCUCUGCCGGCCACCCGGUGCCUCGCCCCCGUACCGCGGCCGCUGCUGCACCAUCGUGGCGGCGGCGGCGCCUGCCGCGGGCGCCGGCGGAGAGGCAGCCUCGGCCCCCGCCGCCGCUGUGCCGGCGGUCGCCCCCGGUGCCGCCGCCAGGGACAAGGUGCGGCGCCACACGAUUUCGGUGUUCGUCGGGGACGAGAGCGGCAUGAUCAACCGGAUCGCCGGGGUGUUCGCCAGGAGAGGCUACAACAUCGAGUCGCUCGCCGUGGGGCUCAACAAGGACAAGGCCCUCUUCACCAUUGUCGUCUCCGGGACCGACAUGGUGCUCAACCAAGUCAUUGAGCAGCUCAAUAAGCUCGUCAACGUUCAUAGUGUUGAAGAUCUAUCUAAAGAACCUCAGGUUGAAAGAGAGCUGAUGCUUAUAAAGCUAAACGUUGAACCUGAUCAGCGCCCUGAGGUCAUGGUUUUAGUUGACAUUUUCAGAGCAAAAGUUGUUGAUAUAUCUGAGAAAACACUUACCAUAGAGGUAGCUGGAGAUCCUGGCAAAAUUGCUGCAGUGCAGAGGAAUCUAAGGAAAUUCGGCAUCAAAGAAAUUUGCAGGACAGGAAAAAUUGCUUUGAGACGUGAAAAGAUUGGUGCAACAGCCCGUUUCUGGCGAUUUUCUGCUGCUUCUUAUCCAGACCUUAUAGAGGCAUUACCAAAAAAACCGCUUACAUCUGUAAAUAAGACAGUGAAUGGCAGUUUUGUUCGACCAUCCAAUGCUGGGGGUGAUGUUUAUCCUGUGGAAUCUUACGAGAGCUCAGCUAACCAAGUACUUGAUGCUCACUGGGGUGUUCUGGAUGAUGAUGAUGCAACUGGACUUUGCUCGCAUACCCUCUCCAUCCUUGUGAAUGAUUGUCCUGGUGUUCUCAACAUUGUAACAGGAGUCUUUGCUCGCAGGGGCUACAAUAUACAGAGCCUUGCUGUUGGCUCAGCUGAGAAGGAAGGCAUUUCACGUAUUACAACAGUUGUUCCUGGUACUGUUGAAUCCAUUGGGAAGUUAGUUCAGCAGCUUUACAAGCUUAUUGAUGUGCAUGAAGUUCAUGACAUUACCCACUCACCUUUUGCUGAAAGGGAGCUGAUGCUUAUUAAGGUUUCUGUAAACACUGCUGCUCGGAGGGAAAUUCUAGAUAUUGCUGAAAUCUUCCGAGCAAAACCUAUUGACGUUUCUGACCAUACAGUAACCCUUCAGCUUACUGGAGAUCUUGACAAGAUGGUUGCACUACAAAGGUUAUUAGAGCCAUAUGGCAUCUGCGAGGUCGCCAGAACUGGACGAGUGGCACUGGUCCGUGAAUCGAAGGUCGACUCCAAGUACCUCCGCGGUUACUCUCUUCCAUUGUAGCCUGGCAUUUGUGAUUGGUGGUGGACCCGAUAAAGAGCUUGGUUUGUUGUUAUAGAUCAGACCAUCUCGCGCUGGGAUGUGUUGUGCAAUUACAGGACUUGUUUCUUUCAUGUUGUGAACUCCCUGGCCUGCGAGUUCAAUAAUGCCCCUUUUUAAUGCGCGUUGAGGUUGCAUAUGUAUCCCAUCGACUGUCCGAAUAAGAUGCAUAGCAUAACUGUUUACUUCAGCGAAGAGAGAUUCGAAAUCA